AUGAAACGUAAGGUGUUGAGGAUAAACCGAAAAGGUGCGCGGAAAGCCGGUUUCUUUCCUGUGGCCAGCCCAAUUGGUCCGCCCCCAAAAAGUGACCACUUGGCGUCUCCACAAGCGCGCGCCAACGCACACACACACCCGGCUAGGAGAACCCGAAACGUGGCCUCCACUCGUUCUUGGCGAUCCGCCAGGAAACAAUACUCGACUCUCUCUUUCGCCUCUAUCUCUCUUUUCGUUCCGAUCUGA